CAAGCCUCAGUCCCAAGUUGAUACCCUAUCGGUAAACGCAGACUCACCCGGCGAGAAUGAUGCUGUGGGUGCUGCUGUCGCUGCAGCCUUUCGUUUCUUUGUGCGAGGGAUGUGUGUCCGAAACCUGUGGUUUGCCACCGCAACCUGAAGCUUCGGAUGCAUUUGCUUCGAUUCAAGUCAUGGGGAAGCAGACAACCAAAAAUGAACUCGACGACAAGGUUGUAGUGGAACACAUCUACAAGCUCAAUGAGGACGGCACCGUCACAAUCAUCUUCAAGUAUGAGGAUGGUACGGAGGAAGUGUUCGAUGUUCUGGAUCCAAAUUCUCCAGGGCUUUUGCAGGAACAAAGCACCCAAGAAGGCUUCCCGUGGAAGAAGAUAUGGAAGAUCAAGAAAAUCAAGGAAGCGCUAGAACGCCGACGCCAGGAUCCCUCCUCCUCAUGCACAAGUGGGGAUUUUUCUUUUUCGUUCCCGAACACCCCUAUUCCUAUAGGCCCAGGAGGAACUGAUCUCCUCUUGGGAGACGUUGGAGGCCUAGUCACUGGUUGCAUCAGUGGGCUAUCGUGCAACAACGAAUCGAAAGCAACCUCGGUUCGAGUCCUCACGAAUGAAGCUGGCUUUGGCCUUGGGGAAUAUGUUUCUGAUGACCAGUUCGUGUUGCAGAUUUUCAAUGUGAGUGCUGAGUGUGAGAUUGUGGCUUUUACCACGUUCUUGUCCUUCCCCCAACCCCCCAAAAGCAACAACCUCUUGCAACUUUUAUUGGACUUCUUGGGUCCCACUCCAUGUGCUGGGCUGUUCACUUUAGGAUCUAAUGGAUCUGUAGGAGUGGGAGGUUGCAGUGAUCAAGUGAAAUUCCAGUAUAUUCCUUGAGAUUUCUUGAGGAAACUGCAGCACUAAUUUCAAAUUCUUUCAAAUUUGAGAGGCCUACUAGAAAGCAACACAGCUUUGAAGCGCAG